UCUGAUUGGUGCAAAACAAACCAUUUUGCGUGGCGCCAACAUUUUUUCUCCCCAUCCCACUCGCACACAACACGCGCCUCCCUUUAGUCAAACGCCAUUUCCACCACCCUCACGAAACACCUUAAUUACAUGGAAUACAGUUCUCCGAACACACAUUCACCUUAACCAAGAUUCAAUUCUCAGUCCUAACCUCUUCAAAACCUCUUUUUCAUACAAACAAGUUAUAUUAAGUAUGAAAUUGGUGGAGGCGCGUCAUUUCUGGGCUUUGUUGUUGUUGGCCACGGUGGUGGUGCCAGCGGCGCGUGGGAUAUGGUUCGACAUGCCGAGUUCUGGGUCGAAGUGCGUGUCUGAGGAAUUACGUAACAACGUUGUCGUUCUGGCCGAUUACUAUUCCUUAUUCGCCGAGCAAGAAGAUUUGAAUAGCACCGUCGCCCCCACCAUCUCCGUUAAGGUGACAUCUCCGUAUGGCAAAGAACUGUAUCACACAGAGAAAGUAAGAUACGGUCAGUUUAGCUUUACAACGACAGAGGAUGGGAACUACUUGGCAUGCUUCUGGGCGGAUGCUAAUUAUCAGGGCGGCAAGAAUGUGACUGUUGGCGUAGAAUGGAAAAUUGGAAUUGCUGCAAAAGAUUGGGACUCAAUUGCAAGAAAGGAAAAGAUUGAGGGUCUGGAACUUGAGUUGAGAAAGCUUGAAGGUGCCGUGCAAGCAAUCCAUGAGAAUCUGAAUGACCUGAUGGCUAGGGAAUUGAAGAUGAGGGGAGUGAGUGAGACGACGAAUGCUAGAGUGGCGUGGUACAGUAUUACGUCUCUUGGUGUCUGUAUCGUGGUUUCAGUUCUCCAAUUGUGGUAUUUGAAACAAUACUUUCAGAAGAAAAAACUUAUCUAGAGCGUCUGUUGGAGUCA